GUGGCAUGUCUCUAACGCCCUGAAAAGCAGGUGAGAAGAAGUUAAACCAGACAGAGAGCCACUCUGUCUAUUACUUUGUAUCGCGAAGAAUCCUCCCAAUCAAAAUGUCAGACUUGUGGGAUGACUUGGAGAAUUUUGCUCGUGCCCCAUCUUCUUUCACAGCAGCGCCAGGGGAGAGAGGUACCAUUAAAGCCAAAGCUAACUUCAAUGUCAGUGAAGAUGUUGCAGCUCUCCGUAAAGCAAUUGAAGGCAUAGGUACAACUGAGAAGACACUGAUAGACUUACUGACUCACAGGAGCAGCAGUCAGAAACAGGCUAUUUCAAAGGCAUAUGAAGAAACCACAAAGAGGAUUCUUGUUAAUGAUCUAAAAGGUGAAACAAGGGGCAGCUUAGAGGACCUGCUUGUUGAGCUCGCAAGACCACCUGCAGUUAAUGAUGCUAAAUGGCUAAAUAAAGCAAUCCAAGGGGCUGGAACGGACACCAACAUCCUGAUAGAAAUACUUGCCUCACGGACAAAUAAACAGAUCAAGGAGCUGUCUGCCGCUUAUGCUGAGGAAACAAAGAAAACACUGAUGCAGAAGCUAAAAACAGAAGUUUCAGGGGAUUUUGGCAAAGCCAUCUUUCUGCUUGCAGAGGGGGCAAGGGAUGAAAGCACCAAUGUGAAUGCAGACAAGGCUAAAGAGGAUGCAAAGGCCCUCUAUCAAGCAGGCGAGAAGAGACUGGGAACUGAUGAGUCCAAGUUCAUUGAGAUCCUCUGUAAAAGGAGCAUUCCUCACCUGAGACAAACAAUAUUGGAAUAUAAAAACAUCAGUGGCAAGACUUUGCAGAAGAGCAUUGAGAAGGAAAUAUCUGGAGAUCUGGAGGUACUGCUGGUUGCCAUUGUAAAGUGUGUGAUGAGUACCCCUGCAUACUUUGCUGAAAAACUCUACAAAAGCAUGAAGGGAGCAGGUACAGAUGAAAAAACACUGACCAGAGUAAUGGUCAGCCGUGGAGAGCUUGACAUGCUGGACAUCAGAGCUGAAUUCAAGAAGCUCUAUCAGUGCUCACUUUACAAGGAAAUAAGUUCAGAUGUAUCUGGCAACUACGGUGACGGCUUGAAGUUGAUCUGUGGAGGAGAAGACUAGCCUGUU